CCUUUCGUUGUCCUCUCUAAAAAAAAAAAAAAAGACAUCCUUUAUCUUCACCCUUCUCUUAUCUUUCAUUCAUUCGUUCGUUCGUUCCCACCGUCUGAGAAAAACAGAAAAGAAAAAACAGGGUGAAAAAUUAAUUGGGGGAAAUUGAUCUUGGUUGAGAUAGUUUAAUUCUGGAGCAGAGAGAAGAAAAUGGCGUUUGCAGGAACAACCCAGAAAUGUAUGGCGUGUGAUAAGACAGUGUAUCUUGUGGACAAGCUGACGGCUGACAACAGAGUCUACCACAAAGCCUGCUUUAGAUGCCACCAUUGCAAGGGCACUCUCAAGCUGGGGAAUUACAACUCGUUUGAAGGAGUUCUGUACUGCAGGCCACACUUUGAUCAGCUCUUUAAAAGGACUGGCAGUCUUGAAAAAAGUUUUGAAGGAACUCCUAAAAUAGUGAAGCCAGAGAAACCUAAUUCAGGGUUUCAGAAGGCAGAUGGUAAUAAAGUUUCGAGCAUGUUUGGUGGGACAAGGGAGAAAUGCUUGGCCUGCAAGAACACAGUCUACCCAACAGAGAAGGUGUCGGUGAACGGAACGGCGUACCACAAGAGCUGCUUCAAGUGCAGCCAUGGCGGGUGCACGAUUAGCCCCUCCAACUACAUCGCCCACGAGGGGCGGCUCUAUUGCAAGCACCACCACCUCCAGCUCAUCAAGGAGAAGGGCAACCUCAGCCAGCUCGAAGGCGAUCACAAUCCCGACAGCAAUUCUAAUGCUAAUGCUAACCCUGCUUCGUCGACACCAACACCAACUGCAGCUUAGCAUAUAUAUAUAUAUAUAUAUAGAGAGAGAGAGAGAGAGAGAGAGAGAUAGAGAGAGAGUAACAAUAAUGUGUCGGAGAUGGUGUGUUCCUUGUAAUAGCUAUAAUCUUCAACUUUGCUUUUGAUCUCAAACUA